CGAGUAGGUGCAGUCUUCGGUUAUGUUCGUAGUCUGAUCGUGGUUCAGUGAAACUUAGAGUUCCAAACUCGUGAGUCGUGAUUAUUUCUUGUGUAAAUCCGCACUGGUGUAUUCUGGCUUGUGUUUAGUACGCCAUUUUCAUUUGGUUGGGUAACAACACGUACUGACAUUUGUUCGAAACUUUUAUCAAAAAGUUUUAAAGAAGUCGUCUUUUAAACGGUUGCGAUGGCGUCGCGCAAGAAGGUCCUCUUGAAGGUGAUAAUCCUGGGGGACUCUGGCGUGGGGAAGACGUCCCUCAUGAACCAGUACGUCAACAAGAAGUUCUCGAACCAGUACAAGGCGACCAUUGGGGCGGACUUCCUGACCAAGGAGGUGAUGGUGGACGACAGGAUAGUCACCAUGCAGAUCUGGGACACGGCCGGCCAGGAGAGGUUCCAGUCGCUGGGCGUGGCGUUCUACCGAGGCGCAGACUGCUGUGUCCUGGUGUUCGACGUGUCGGCUCCCAACACCUUCAAGAGCCUGGACAGCUGGCGGGACGAGUUCCUGAUCCAGGCCUCGCCCCGCGACCCCGAGAACUUCCCCUUCGUCGUGCUCGGCAACAAGGUGGACCUGGAGAACAGAGCGGUGUCGUCGAAGCGCGCCCAGCAGUGGUGCCAGAGCAAGAACAACAUCCCGUACUUCGAGACGUCGGCCAAGGAGGCCAUCAACGUGGAGCAGGCGUUCCAGACCAUCGCCAAGAACGCGCUGGCCCAGGAGAGCGAGGUGGAGCUGUACAACGAGUUCCCGGACCAGAUCAAGCUGACUGGCGAGCAGAAGAGCGCCCGCCCCGACGCCUGCGCCUGCUAACUUCCCCCCUCCUUCCGCAGGCAAGGGCGGGUGCGUCGCUCCCGCGUGUCCCGUGCAAGCGUCAGGCGCGCCACGCGGCCGUGCAAAGGGACUUAACUGUAGGCGUCGAGGCGAGAGGAAGUGGUUUCACCAUCGACCAGAAGUCUGCACUUGAAGUUUACACAUUCGAGGAAUUGUUUGUAUACAGUUUUUUAACAAAUGUAUAUUAUAAUAUAUAUUAUAUAUAAUAAUUUAGUGUGUUUAUGCAUGGAGAGGAGACAAUUAUUUGAUUUUUUUUUUUACUUUAAUUUUUUUUGUCUGUGAGAAUAUGCAUCAAAUGCAUCAACUAUGUUGUAUAUUCUGGGGAUUGCAAGUGUGCGUGAGUGCAUGAACUGGAGCCGAAUUAUCGUUGGAUUGCCGAGGAGUGGAGUGGAAUGCGUUAUCGGUUAGAUGCUGAUAUUUUAAACCUGUAGAAGCUGUUGUGUUGUAACAACUUGUGUUAAGAAGCGUGCAGUCGGGUAUCGGCUGGUGUCUCCCACCUCCGGGAAUGAAAAUCAACAGCGUAAUUUAUUUUAACUUGUGGUCAAGAUGUGCAAUACUUUGGGCAUAGUCAUUCCUGUUAUGUGUUCGUGCUCUGCUGUGUCGUGUGUGUGGGCAAUCGAAGCACUGGCGUGCAGUUCCGAGGUCGUCCGAGCUUGGGUGCUGCUGUCGGCUGGCCCAGUUUCACGAGUGUGAGCGUCUGGCAGCCUCUUCUCAAUACUCUUUGUCACAUAGCUUAGAUACACUCUACAGUAAAACUUUUUUCUUGUAAUAGUUUGUAACUUGAAUAGAGGCAUUGUGUUCUUUUAGCAGACAUAUUAUCAUUUGUAAAACCACCAAGACAGUGAUUAUGUCCAAAAUACUAUUUCUUAAUAAAAAUGUUUUUUUCUAUUUUUAUUUUGCUAGUAUAAAAUGAGUACCUUGAUCAGGUUAAAGAAUUAAGUUUAAAAAAUUGGAAGCCAUCUGAUCAUGUUAGCAAAAUAUAUUUAUUGUUUCUGCUGCUUGUGACAUGUUGUGUAUAGUUUGUUGUAUUGAAUAAUGAGUCAAAAGGACGCUGUAUAAACAUUGAUAGCUAGUUUUUUAGUAAGUAUAUUGAAAUGUAAACGUUUACUAACAAUAAAUGAAUUUGUCUAAAAAUGUUCCUUCAAGCUUAUUAAAACAUUCAUGUUGAA